UUCUGACGUGAGGCUCUUGUUUCCCCGCAGUCGUCGGGGUUUCCGCACCGCACUCAGAGGCGGCCAAGAAUGUUGAACAGCACCGGGUGGGCUUGAAGUUUUGGGUGGGCUGGAUUAUAUGUGAAUUCGCUGCAACUUAAGGCAGAUUGGAAAAUGCAGCGGCAGUACCUCCCUCUGACAUGGUCACUUUUUAUGCGGUUAGUUCUGAUGGUUUCUGUUUGUUACUGUGAGCCAAUGAAAGAGGAAGUAAGUGCAGGGAGAAGUUUGGUCUGGGGGCCGGGUCUGAGGGCUGAUGUUGUGCUGCCGGUUCGAUAUUUCUAUAUCCAGGCAGUUAGCAACACGGGAGAAAAUAUCACCUCAUCCCCUGGCAGCAAUACUUUCAGUGUUACGGUCAAGGUGCUAAACACCAGAGAGCACGUUCGCCGAUAUGUACCAACACCCUUGGAUCGAAAUGAUGGAUCAUUUCUCAUGAGGUAUCGAAUGUAUGGAAGUGCCGUUGAGGGGAUAAAGAUUGAAGUAUUUCAUCAAGGUCAACAUGUAGGCCAGUCACCAUAUAUUUUAAAAGGACCCGUUUAUCAUGAGUACUGUUACUGCCCAGAAGAAGAUCCUGAAAAAUGGCAAGCUACUCUAUCAUGUCCUGCAAAAGAAGAACAAAUUUCUAGUGACUUUGAUAAUUUUCCCAGUAUAAACCUUUCACUCCUGCUCGAACAAGUGCCAAAUAGAUUUGGUGAUCGAGGAAUUGUUCACUACACUAUAUUAAAUAACCUGAUUUAUCGACGAACAAUGGGGCGGUACACAGACUUCAAGAUGUUUUCAGAUGAAAUGCUUCUUUCUUUAGCAAGGAAAGUUCACUUACCCAAUGUUGAAUUCUAUAUAAAUGUCGGAGAUUGGCCACUGGAAACUCGUAAAAAAAAAGAUAGCCCAUUGCCUAUCAUUUCUUGGUGUGGCUCGGAAGAUACUGCCGAUAUUGUCCUUCCAACAUACGAUAUCACACGCUCUACAUUAGAAACACUGCGUGGUGUAACAAAUGACCUACUUUCUAUUCAAGGACAGACUGGUCCCUCCUGGAGCAAUAAAACACAGCAAGCAUUUUGGAGAGGUAGAGACAGCAGUGAGGAGAGACUCAAACUAGUGAGGAUUUCCAGAAAGAAUCGGGAUCUUUUGGAUGCUGGAAUAACUGCGUAUUUCUUUUUUCGUGAAGAAGAAAAAGCUCUAGGAAAAGCCCAACUUAUCAGUUUCUUUGACUUCUUUAAGUAUAAAUAUCAAGUGAAUGUGGAUGGUACUGUGGCAGCAUAUAGGUUCCCGUACCUUAUGUUGGGUGACAGCCUUGUAUUGAAACAGGAUUCAAAAUACUAUGAGCACUUCUACAAAUCUCUAAAACCAUGGAUACAUUAUAUUCCAGUAAAGAGAGAUCUGAGUGACCUUAUAGAAAAGAUUAAGUGGGUGAAGGACAAUGAUGCUGAAGCUCAGAAAAUUGCCAGAUCAGGACAAGUUCUUGCUCGAGACCUUCUGCAACCUUCAAGUCUUUACUGCUACUAUUACAAAGUCUUACAGGAGUAUGCUAGACGGCAGACUACUAAGCCUGAGAUUCGGGAGGGAAUGGAGCACGUUCUACAGCCAUCUGACCAUGAAUCUAUAUGUAACUGCAAAGGAGCUACCAAUGUAAAGGAAGAACUGUAACUGUAAUCAAUAUUAUUGCUUGUUUUUAUUUUGUAUGCUUUAUUGAAAAAUAACUCUUUCUUGGACCAUUCCUAGAAAGGGCCUGGGGUAAUGUAUAUUUUAAACAUGAACUAAAAUUCACUACACUCAGCUUUUGUGUAUAAUGUUAUUCAGCCCUUGUGGCUUCAAGUUGACAAAAUAAAAUGUGAAAUUAAAAAGUAAACAUUGCAGAAAUAAUGUACUGAAGUUUGUAAUUUAACCUUAGCAGUUAUUUGAGUUAUAAUUUGUAACGGAAAAUAUACUUCAUCUGGUUUGAUUUGUCAGUAGGCACAAUGUUGUUUUUAGUCUGUUGACACAUCUGACUAAAUAUUAGAAUCAGAUUUUGUUUCUCUAAUAAUAGAGCAACUUUCAGAACUAAUUUACUUCAGUACAUGCUUUCUGCAUAUAUAUAUAUAUAUAUAUAUAUAUAUAAAUAUAUAUAUGAGUUUUUUUGUAAACUACAAAUCUAAUGUACUCGCCCCAGAGAACCGUUUAUAUUAAAUAUGUGCUGAAACUUGCAAGAAAUAUUGUACUUUAUGUUUGUAAAGUAAAUUAAAGAUUCAGUGUGACAAUUCACAGAGGGAAUAUAAUGAGUUAUGUUUCAAAAUUACAGAUUCAGGUUUUGAUUCGCUAUCAAAUUAUUUAUCCUUAGGGGUAGAAAUAAUUAUUUAAAUGUUUGGCAAAGAUUUUCAAGGGAGAUCACAGUGACUCCCUUGUAUAUAUUCAGCUUUAGUGUAUACGAUUGUGUUUCUAUAUAUAAAAUACAUGCAAUGAACAGUUUCUGUCUCUUAAAUGACAGAAGCCGGGAUGAGAUUUAGAUCUAGAUACAGUCAAGGGUUCAAAUUUGAGUGAAUCUAGCAAAGUGCAUCUAAUUAGCCAUUGUUUGACCUCCCCAUGCUUUAAUUUAUGUGCAAGGAUAAAUUGCAUAUUGAAUGAAAAGUAAUAUUAUUACCCAAAAGCAUGAAAAGUAAAUGAGAUUUCAAAGUUAAUUACAUUAGCCAUGGACCUAAAGGUAGAGCAGUUUUAAGUAUUCAAGUGUCCUAUUCCUGUUCCAAUUCAUGUAUUUUAUAGUUGAAAAUAACAAGGCACCUGGGAUUUUAGGUUUCAUAAAUAGAGAUAGAGUGUAUGAGGAAAGAGAUCAUAGAAAAGUUGAUGUACCUGAAAAAUAAAGCGUGAGCUGACAAUUCAGUGUCAAUUCAAUGAUUUCAUGCCUUAGCACGCCUUUGUAGCAGUGCUACAAAUCUAAUUUCAAAUUCCUUUCAGUCCUUGCCUUUUAAGAGCACAAGAUGAUUGUUAAUUCUGAAAUAAAAAAUGAAGAUGUAUUUAAAGUAGAAAAUUAAUGGGUCCAUACUAAAUUGUCAAGAUGUCCCUUUGCUCUGUAUUUAAUUAUCUUCCCAUUCUUCCACCCAGAAUGUCUCACCUCAUUGCUCUCAAUCUAGUCCGACUUCCAUCCACUGCCGACUCGAUCUCAUUUCUGUCUCCAAAUUACUGAAUACAAUCAGAAUCAAGUAGGGAGACACUCUCUGGUGCCUGAUUCUUUUUAAGUCCAUUUGCAGUUUUUGAUUUAACUGCAGGGAAAGUGGAGGUUUUGAGAAGAUUUUGGCAGCCAAACAGAAGACAUAUUUGAUUAUUUUAGGGUGCCCAAAUUUGGGGAAAAAAAGAGAUGGGCAAAAUUUCAGUUGUAGUGCUUUCAAACACACAAUGCUAGAGGAGCUAAACAGGUCAGACAGCAACUGUGGGGACAAGUAAAGACCCAACAUCUCAGGCUAAGAUGCAUCACCAGGUCUGGAAAGGAAGAAGGAAGAAGCCAGGAAAAAGAAGGUGGGGGUGGGGGGAACAGAAGGAGUACAACCUAGAAUGUGAUAGGUGAAACCAGGUACCAGGUGAGGGGGAAGGUAGGUGGGUGAGGGGGAAGGCAGGUGAGCGAGGAAGGGGAAAUGAAGUGAGACACUGGCAGGUGAUAAGUGGAAAAGGUAAAGGGCUGAAGAAAAAGGGAUCUGAUAAGUAAAGAGAGUUGGCCAUGGGAGAAAGGGAAGGAGGGGGGCACCAGAGGGAGGUGAUAAGUAGGGUGAGGGAAAAAAAGAAUGCUUAAGAAGGGAAGCAGAAUAGGGAAUGGUAAAAGAGAGAAGGGGAGGGGGAGAAAUUGCCAGAGGUUAGAUAAAUCGAUGUUCAUGCCUGACCCACUGGGUUCCUCCAUCAUUUUGUGUAUGUUGCUCUAGAUUUCCAGCAUCUGCUGAAUCUCUUGUAUAUAAAAAUUAUGCUACUUUCAAAACCUUUCAGGCCAUAACAGGAGCAGAGUAAGGGCAUUCAACCCUGCAAGUCUCUGUCAUCCCGUCAUGGCUGAUUACUUGUGUUGUUUUUCUUAUUACAUUUAUUAUCCCUUUCAACCCCAUUCUCCUGCUUCCCCCCGCCCCAUAUCUUCGACACCCCUACUAAUAAAGGAACCGUCAACCUCUGCUUUAAAUAUACCCAGUGACUUGGCCUGCUCAGCUGUCUGUGGCAUUGAAUUACAGAGUCAUCACCUUCUGUCAGAAGAAAUUUCUCCUCAUCUCUGUUCUAAAGGGGCAUCCCUCUUUUCUGAGGCUGUGCCAUCUGGUCCUAGACUUGCCCGUUAUAGGUAACAACCUCUCCAUAUCCGCUCUAUCUAAAUAUAUCAAUAUUCAAUAGAUUUCAAAGAGAUUUCCCCCUCAUUCUUCUAAAACUCUAGCGAGUACAGACCCAGAGCCAUCAAAUACACCUCAUAUGUUAACCUGUUCAUUCCUGCAAUCAUUAUUGUGAACCUCCUUUGGACCCUCUCAAGUACCAACACAUCCUUUCUUAGAUGCUCAAAGUACUCUAUACUGUCUGAUCAAUGCCUAAUAAAGCCUCAGCAUUAGAUCCUUGCUUUCAUAUUCUAGCACUCUCAAAAUGAAUGUUAACACUGUUUGUAUUUGCCACCAGUUCAACAUGCAAGCUAACAUUUGGGGAAUCUUGCAUUGCACUGGGACUCCCAAGUCUCUCUGCACCUCUAGCUUCUGAAUUUUCUGCCCGUUUAGAAAAUAGUCUACACCUUUUUUCCUUCCAGCAAAGUGCAUGACCAUACACUUCCCUGUGCUAUAUUCCAUCUGCCACUUUGCCCAUUCUCCUAAUCUGUCGUUCUUAUUGUGAUAUAUAAUGUGGAGAAAAGCUGUCACAGUAAUUAGUCUACAAAACCAAUUAUAAGCAGCCAACCAGAAAAGGCCCCCUUUAUUCCCAUUCUUUACCUCCUGUCAGUCAGCUGAUCUUCUAUCCAUGCCAGCAUCAUACCAUGCCUGUUACCUUGUUUAGCAGCCUCCUGUGCAGCACCUUAUCAAAGGCCUUCUGAAAGACUAAAUAUACAAUAUCCAAUGACUCUCCUUUGUCUAUCCUACCCCCUAACCUUAAAAGACACUCAGAUAGCAUGUUGAGAACAUAGAGUGAUUCUUUGCGAUUCACAAAAAUGGCACCAUUUUUGGUUGAUAAGUGUUAAACACCACUGGUCUAAUUAUCAUAAUAUCAAUUUCCCUAUUAUCCUACACUUAGUAUAAAUUAAAAUUUGUAUUAAAUCUAGAGUCACAGAAAUAUAUCAUGAGAGUGGAAAGUGCUCUUUGUUAGUAGUAGACAGACGUUAGGGUCUUGGAGGAAUGUGAUGGUGUUUCUGUCCACCUAACUCUUCUAAGUUACAAAUUUCAUUGGUUGGGAAGUAUAGUUUUUAAAUGGUGCACAGUAUGGACAUGUGCUUUAAUUGAGUGGCAUUAUUUAUUGACAGAGGUUCCUUCAAGAUAUGCUGUGAUUCAAUUGUUGUUAAUUCCUUUAGUGACUGUACAAGAAAGCAAAAUAAAAUGCCUUUACACAUUAGCAACUGGAAGAUGAAAACUGCCGAACUGUAAGUGUUGUUCUUAUGUAAUGCUUUUGUAAGUUGAAUGGUGUCUUAGAAACUCUCAGGAUAGGAUAAUAUAACUAACUAUAAUUGUUGCAAAAAUAAAAUAAGAGAUUUGGGGAAAUGUUUUAUAUUCUGAAACUUUAAAACAACUUGUAUUGCAGUGAUUCAGUAUUUUUGUGUUUGCACCAGUUGUAUAUUGCAGAUUUAGAUGACAUCUUUCAAUUGAGCAAUAGAUUGUGCCUGUUAAGGAGAUGCAACACUUUUUAUUGGAAAUUACAUUAUAGAAGGAAAGAAGAAGUCCAUUUGCUCGUGGGUAGAUGCCAAGACAUACAAGUUUGUUCCUGCCAGAUGGGGAGAUAAAGUAUCAGGCAGUCCUUAAGGAUGUGUGCUUAGCCCACUGCUCUUCUCUCUACACUCGUGACUGAGUGGCGAAGCACAGCUCAAAUGCCGUCUAUGACUCGCAGAUGACACCGCUGUUGUUGGUAAAUGGUGAUGAGGAGGCAGACAGAAGCAAGGCCUUUCAGCUGGUUGAGCGGUGUCAUAAUAUAGCCUCGCACCCAAUGUCAGCAGGACCAAGGAUUUGAUUGUGGGUUUCAGAGAGGGGAGUGGGAAAGCACAUUGCUCCUCAUUGAGGGGCCAAGCUUUAGGGCAUCAACAUCACAGAGAAUCUAUCCUGGGUCCAACACUGAUGCACUUUUAAAGGUGGCAUUUGAGCAGCUCAGUUUCCUUAGGAGUUUAAGGAGAUUUGAUAUGUCACCAAAGACUCCUGAAAAUUUCUGUCAAUUAAUACUACUCCAUUAUUCCUUUCUUCGUGCUAUUUAGUUCGUAACUUUUUGUUUAUGCACUGUACAACUGUCACAGAACAACAAACUGCAC